UAGAACUAGUUCGUCAAAGGAAUUCAAAUUUAUGUUAGUCAGAACCAAAACCUGACUGCAUGUGGAAAAUAAAGUUUACGAACGGAACCUUCAGGCAAGGAGUCGAUUGGACUUACAGCUUUACAUGGUUAACAUUUCAAGUUUGAUUAACGUGUACAAUAGUUAAUCUUAAGAAAAGAUAGUCCAAUUAAUAAAUCACUUUAGAUAAUCACAACUCUUUUGUAUGCCCAGUUCUUAUGUACUAACGAAAUUUUUUUUUUUUUAAUAUUUUUUUGUAUCAAUCUUCUCUUUCAGAUAAUAACACCCACUCACUCUCUGGUGCUGUGCGCCGACUCCAGGCGCGACAUGGAGGAUUGGCUGGGCUCCCUAAAGACGGCAACUGCGCCGCAACGUCCGCGCGGCGAUAGCUUUCUGAUUGAUCAACAUGAUAUACUCUCCAAUCACCAUCACUGGUAUGCGACCUCACAUGCGCGACCCACCUACUGCAAUGUGUGCCGGGAUGCGCUCUCCGGUGUCACCUCGCACGGACUCAGCUGCGAGGUGUGCAAAUGCAAGGUGCACAAACGCUGUGCGGCGAAAGCGAUAGCCAACUGCAAGUGGACAACUUUGGCCACGGUCGGCAAGGAUAUCAUUGAGCAGCCAGAUGGCAGCAUCAUAAUGCCGCAUCAAUGGAUGGAGGGCAAUCUGCCCGUGUCGGCGAUGUGUGCGGUGUGCAAAAAGACAUGCGGUUCGGUGUUGCGUCUGCAGGAUUGGCGUUGUCUCUGGUGCAGGGAUACGGUACAUGUCGCAUGCCGGCCACAAAUGGCCGUUGCCUGUCCUAUUGGACCCGCCAAGUUGUCCGUGGUGCCGCCGACCAGCGUUCAUUCGAUUAGCACCGACGACGCCUGGGAUGUGGUCAGUCCGAAGGGCAACUUUUCGCCUCUGCUCGUCUUUGUCAACUCCAAGUCCGGCGAUAAUCAGGGCGUCAAGUUUCUGCGACGAUUUAAGCAGCUGCUAAAUCCAGCGCAGGUCUUUGACCUCAUCUCAACGGGUCCGAGUUUGGGUCUGCGGCUCUUUCGGCACUUUGAAAUGUUUCGCAUACUUGUCUGCUCCGGCGAUGGCUCCGUCGGCUGGGUGCUCAGCGAGAUAGAUCGAUUUAAUAUGCACAAACAAUGCCAAGUGGCUGUCAUGCCCCUGGGCACCGGCAACGAUCUGGCCCGGGUCUUGGGCUGGGGCUCCAGCUGCGAUGAUGACACACACUUGCCGCAAAUACUGGAACGCUAUGAAUCGGCCAGCACUAAAAUGCUGGAUCGCUGGAGCAUUAUGGUCUUUGAAAAAGCCAUCAGUGUGCCCAAAGUACCGAAAAUGUCCAUUACCACGGAACAGGAGGCGCUGCUCACGAGCAUGGUAACAUCGGCCAAUCAUCAUCUGCGCUUCAUAGUCGAUACGAACGAUACACAAACGUUAAUCUCCUCGACGCGCUCCUUGUGCGAUACCGUUGACGAGCUGGUGUCACGCAUCUGUGCGCAUCACAAGGACGACGAGCAGUUGACCAUCAAAUGUGACAUCCUAAGGCAGAAGCUGGCCAUGCUACUGGACGCUUUGCAGGAGGAGGAGAUGGGAGCGCACAGUGGCGACGAUUUGGUAGCCACAAUACGCAGCCUAAUAUCGCGGGGUGUGUCCUCAACGAUGUCAGCGCGACCAUCCUUCCUCAGUCCGAACAUCUCUAUUGAAAAAACCGAAAAGGAUCAUAUAAAUACAAACGAGCGUCACAAUAGUCGUUCACUGCGCUCCAGCGAAAAGGAGGCGCUGCAGAGCCGGGCCAAUAGUGUAAAGCGGGCCAUUUACAAUGUGGUGGAGCACUCGGAGCCGGGUCGGCCGAAGCGCUAUCAGCGCAAGCUCUCGAUAACACCAUUUGAGGCGCUCAAAAUACCCAUAAAUAAUUCUGGAGAGUCGACGCCCUGCAGCUCACCGCUGCCAAUAAUACCACCUAUUAAUAUAAUAUCGCCCACAAUGGAAACAUCGCGUCUGACCUGCAUAUCACCGCUGCCAGACACGCGACGCGAUUCGGUGGAUGAGACUUUCUUUAACAGCAUUAAUUUGCCAGCGCCUCGUCAAUUUGCGGACAGCCGUCGCAGCUCAGGCGUGCCGGAAGUCAUACAGGAGCUGGAGGAGGGCGCUAAUGGAGAGAAAGUCUAUCACAUUAGCCGCCUGUCUCUAAGCGGUGGCGCCAACAUUGACGAUGCUGGCAAUCGCCUAUCGCCGGGCAGCGAGACCAGCGACAAUACGCCCACCGAGCGCAAGGUGGACUUUCUGCGUGUGCCCAUCAUCACGAGCGAACCGAUUGUGGAUCCACUCUCCGACUAUCGUCCCAUUGAGGUAUUUGAGCGCACCUACUACAUGACGCGCGAACUGGACAAGGAUAAGGAGCGCAUUGCAAGCAUUCAAAAGGAUUGCGAGAAGGAGGAUGUCGACACCAACGAGAAAUGCGAGCCACUGCAGCCGCAACCCGCUCUGGUACACACUUGUAACCUGCAGGUACCCGGCGUUGUCGUAACCCCUCACUCCCAAAAUGUUUACACUAGCGCAAGCCUAACAAUCAUUGAUACCGAUGCCCAAGCGAACACUGAACAGUCUUCCUCGGAGGAUCUGGGCGGCGAGGCAAGCGAUGUGCUGUCCGCCAUUAGCAAUGAGGAAUGCAGCGUGGCCUCUGAAAUAUUCGACAAGCCCGAGCCGGGUCAUAGCCUAGGCGAUAUACUACAGAACCUGGAUGCCAGCAACUUUACCCACAUUGAUUCGCCGGAAACGAGCGACGAGACGGAGGCCAUGCACGGCGAGAGUCUGAUGGAUGACAUUAGCUCUGUGCUCGGCCAUGAUAUAACCAAUGCGCUGCAGGAUAACACAAUCACGGAUGAUACCACCACCCUCUGCUCUGAGCAUGCCGGGCCAAGUAAGCCACCGCGAAAGAAAUCCAUGAGCGCGUUAACCCAAAGCAAGACGCAUCCGCGUCGUCGCAACUCCUCGCCCCCACGUAGGGCGCAACUGGCCCGCAUGGACAGCGAUGAUAAUCCCCAGCAGUUUGGUUUUGAGAAUAUCGUGUUUGAGAUCGAUAACCGCUGCGAUGAUCAAAAAAUACGAGAACCGCCGCGCUACUGCAGCCUGGCGCAGUUCGUGGAAGGUAACGAUAUAGCGCGUCAGAGCUUUAAGCAGCUAAUGCUUGAUUGCAAUAGCAACAGCGACAACAACAACGACAACGACCAGGGCAACACUAACGAAGAGGCGGGCACGCCCACAAAUACAGCCCUUACAAUUGGCUAUCCAAAUCUUACAACGACAACAAUGACUACGACUAGCGAUGAACUGGAUGAACUGUCAACAGAAACAGCCAUAAAAAUCGAAAUAAACGAUGCUGAGUGCAGCACAAUGUGCACCACAAUAAGCACAACAACAGCAACAACCACAAGCACAACGAAACCACUUGAAUCGGCAUUGGUCACAUCGACAUCGCCCACGAAGAGAUCGGGUCAUGGACAAGAUGUAAAGCGCAUUACUUUUGAUGAGUCGUGUAAGAAAGAAUCCUUUGAUGAUGUAAAUCCCAACUAUCCACAGAUAAGUGUUGUUGUAAGGCCGCCAACACCGUUGCGUGGCGAUUCCAUAAAACCAGCAAAAUCAUCGUCGUCGUCCAUAUUGGCGGCAUCGUCGUGUCUGCUCGGUGUGCGCACAUUGAACAGCUCGGAGAUACGACGACACUCAAGUCAUGCGCCUAGCCUAGCUGUGCGCGAAUAUGACAAGGAUAAAGAUCGCCGACAUUCCGGCUUCAAUCCGAAUUACCUAACAUUGGAUCCGGAACAUACGCGCUUCCUCAGCAGUUCACCCGCGGCUAGUCGUAGAAUUAGCUGUGGCAGCCUCUUCAAGCCGAACGAAGCUUUGCCCAAUCUACAGACCCUUAAGGGCUCCAAGUCGAGCCUUUUUAUGGGCUCUUCACUAUUCGGGCUUGAACACUUUAGCAGCGGCGAUAAGGAUGAUAAAACGGGCAGGGAUAAAGAGAAGACACCCACAGAGGAGGCGUAUCGCAAGCUGCCCAUUAUAAAUCCUCUAGUGCGCUUGCCCAAUUGGCCUACUCUAGCCAAUGGCACUGGCUUCAUAUCCAAAUGUCUGCUCGCCAAUGCGGAUACCCUAUGUGCUGCUGUUAGCCCCUUGAUGGAUCCCGAUGAAACUCUGCUCGCUGGCUAUCAUGAGAAGUGUGUGAUGAACAAUUACUUUGGCAUUGGCAUCGAUGCCAAAAUCUCACUUGAUUUCCACAACAAGCGCGAGGAGCAUCCGGAAAAGUGCCGCUCCCGAGCACGCAACUAUAUGUGGUAUGGAGUUCUGGGCUCCAAGCAGCUGCUGCAGAAGACCUGCAAGAAUCUGGAACAACGCGUGCAGCUGGAGUGCGAUGGCCAGCGCAUACCGUUGCCAGAGCUCCAGGGCAUUGUCAUCUUGAAUAUACCCAGCUUUAUGGGCGGCACCAAUUUCUGGGGCAACAGCACCAAGAAGGAGGAAAUAUUUCUGCAGCCCAGUUUCGAUGAUCGUGUGCUGGAGGUGGUCGCCGUCUUUGGCUCGGUGCAAAUGGCCGCCUCGCGUUUGAUUAAUCUGCAGCAUCAUCGCAUUGCCCAGUGCCAGAGCGUGCAAAUCAAUAUACUGGGUGAUGAGGAGAUACCCAUACAGGUAGAUGGGGAGGCCUGGCUGCAGCCGCCGGGCAUGAUACGCAUUCUGCACAAGAAUCGCGUGCAGAUGCUGUGCCGCAAUCGCAGCUUGGAGGUGUCGCUAAAGACCUGGCAGGAGAAGCAGCGACAGCAUAGCAUUUCCAUACAGCGUGAGACAUCCUCGACUGCUUCCGAGCAUGCCGUAUCCACGGAUGAGGUCAUAUCAGAGCGCGAAUGCUAUGUGCUGUUGAAUUUCAUAGAGGCAGUCAGUUCGCUGGUUAAGUGGGUCAAAUUCUUGAUCAUCUCGCACCCGGCGCUGCAGCAUGAUCUCUAUGAGGUGGCCUGUCGUGCCAGCGAGGCUUUGGAGUCCAUACACCCGCAGGGCAAGCUGCUGGAGGGGCCUUCACUACGCACCAAGCUAGUGGAGGUCAUCGAUUCGUCGCGUCAACUUUACGAUGAUGCGUGCGUGCUGCUGCGCGAUCGUGGGCAUAGUCUUAUCCUACGCGAGGAUCUGGAGACCAAACUGAGCGCAGCACUGGCCAACAUGGAAAUGGAGCUAAAGAAGUGCUCCGUACAAAAAUGCAUUGAUGGCAAACUGCGCGCCUACUUCAAUGUGCUGGCGCCCAAUGAGGAGUCCGAUGGACGCCGCAAAUCCCGCCCAUUUUGGGUACGUCUGCGCUCCGGCUCCACCGCUGGCCAGCACCAGUUUAAGCCUCCACUCACAAAUACACGGGAGGCAGUCAGCAAUUGGAGCGUCAACGAGGUGGUCACCUGGCUGGAAACAAUGCAGUUAUCAGAAUAUGUUGAUAGCUUUCUUAAGAACGACAUACGCGGCAAGGAGCUGCUCACUUUGGGCAGACGUGAUCUUAAAGAUUUGGGUGUGGUUAAAGUGGGUCAUGUAAAACGCAUACUCCAAGCCAUCAAGGAUCUGAGCGAGAACUAGGCAAAGUACAAAAUGGAAUUCAGUCUAAGCCAGCAGCAAACGCAAAUGGAAUACAGAAAUUAAAGAGAAAUUUGUUGUGCUUGGACUAGUUAAUGUUGGGGCGAGGCUGUUUAGUACGUUUAGUAGGUAAGCGAGAUAAUUUUAUAUGAGAUAAAUGCAGACAACAAUCACUAUUUAUAGACUAGCUUAGCUAAAAGAUAUAACCCCUGUUUUUCUGUAUUUGGGGGCUGCAAGACGACGCUUAGCCGUAGAGCGGGACUAAUGAAAAAAAAAUGUAUCUGUAUUUA